UCUCAGCGUAGAAGAAGAAUGUCAUCCUGCUGUAACUGACUGUCCUGCUUGUUCUCUCUUCUGUUUUUAUCUCCUCGGGUUUUUAUCUUUGUGCGUCUGCUCCGCAGUUACAAACACAUCGAUCAAAAGGCUUCCUCGGUUCACUAUUGGGAAAUCCUAAAUUUUAAAAGAAUAAUAAAUCAUGUUUCGAAGAAGACUGCCUUUCACACAGUUAGCCUUUGCCACAAUGCUCGGAGUUGCCGGUGGAAUUUACAUCUACAGACCUUAUUUCGAGACUGUGCCAAAGACAUCAGGAGAGCAGAUCCAGGACAAGCCAAAGAAAGAGAAUGAACUGGACUGAAGGAGUUUGAGAAGGCAGGAGGCUGCUGGACUGGAGGCCAAACAAAAAGACAAGAUCACCAUGGAUGAAGUCAUACUGAUUCCUGCUGUUUGUGAUUAUAAAUGUACAGAAUAAAUAUUUAAUAAUUUCAUGUUCUCA